AAUACUGAUUAUUUUGUCGGUAAUUCUGUUUGUGACUAUCACUGGGUUAGGAUGGUGCCGCCUUUCUUUAGACAGGCAUGGACGCUGUCAGCGGUCUGGACCAACAUGAUAGGACAGGGCAUGAUGCUCAGCUACACAACCAGCCUCUUACCUGGCCUACAGGAUCCUGACUCUCCUAUCAAGGCUGAUCUACAUACUGCAUCAUGGUUGGCAUCAUCGGCUGGCCUAUCUGGGAUCCCAGGGUUCCUGAUAUCAUCCUACCUCAUGGACGCAUACGGCCGAAAACUAUCACACGCUAUUGCGAUACUGCCAGGAUUCAUCGGGUGGCUCUGCAUAUACCUCGCUCGAGGCAUCCCAGCACUCAUGAUCGGAAGAAUUUUAGGCGGUAUGACAGCCGGCGCCACCGUCUCUUUAGGAGCCAUCGUCAUAGGAGAAUAUUCAGAUCCCAAGUACCGAGGCGUCUUCCUAAACCUUAAAACAGCAGCAGUGUGUCUAGGAGGUAUGAUAAUUCAUGUUAUUGGUCACUUCUUACAUUGGAGGACAAUAGCCUUGGUCGCACUAACACCGUAUUUACUAUCCUUAUUGAUCAUCUACACAUGGCCCGAAAGUCCAGCGUGGUUGGCGUCGAGGGGACAGUUUCAAAAGAGUGAGGACUCUUUCUACUGGUUAAGGGGAAAAUCAGAAGCAUCCUACAAUGAAAUGGAAGAAUUAAUAAAAGCCCAAACGGAACAGAGAUCGAAACCAGUGGAGAAUAAAACAUGUGGUGAUAAUGUUGCUAGUUUCUUUGAUAGAUUUACCCAGAAAGACUUCCUCAAACCACUGUUUAUUAUCUUCAUCGGCGCAAUAGUCCUGGAAACUAGUGGUAGACACCUGUUUCCUGCGUACGCAUUGCAAAUUAUUGGAGAAGUGACCGGCAAUAAGUCUCAGUCUUUUUACUACACUUUGGGUAUUGAUCUGAUCAUCACAUGCAGUGCUGUCUCUUCGUCCAUACUUGUCAAGAUCAUGAAGCGAAGGACCUUACUCUUAUCAACCGGGUUUGCUGCAUGUGUGGUGAUGAUGGGAGCUUGUGUUUAUCUGUAUUUAGCAGCAGUGGGUAUGAUAGCGAACGACAAAGGCUGGAUUCCUAUAUGCUUGUUUGCUGGAUACUUCAUCCUUGCCAACUUGGGCUGUACGCCGAUACCUUUAGCGUUAUUAGGAGAAGUAUUUCCAUUGCGUCAUCGAGGAGUUGGAUCCUCUGCAGCAGGUAUCUUUAUUUCGUUUUGUGUGAUGGCUGGACUGCAGGUGACUCCAUAUUUACUCAUACAUUUAAAGGUAUAUGGUACAUUUGCUGUCUUUGCUGGUGUUAUGGGACUAUCUCUAUUGGUGCUAUAUUUUAUUCUACCAGAAACCAAGGAUAGGACUCUUCAAGAGAUUGAGGACUAUUUCAAUUAUGGAAAGUUUAAAGAUAACAAGGUGGACGACGAUGCAGAAGUUAAGAUUAAAAUGGUGAAGUGAAUUUAGUGAAUUAUGUGUCUGAGUGAUUAUAAAUGGAUACAAAAUAUAAGACUGUGAUUUAGAAAGCAAGUGAUAUUUGUUAAUAAGGAUUGGUGCAUAGUACCAUUAGCUUGAUGAGAUGUAAAUCUAGGGAAACUAAAGCUACUAAAAUAAAGAUGAUAAAAGUGUUAAGUUACGUAAAGUCGUAAGGUCUCGAUUCCUAGAGGGAAAAUAUUGUGAAUAGUCAAAGUUCUAUUAAUAAUAGUAAUAGUAAGUAAAGCCAAGGAUACAUUUGGGGACACAUGCCCUGCGACACCCGUCGCCAGCGAUGUAGGGUGAAGUAGCGCGACGUUGUCGGACUUUGGUUGACAUGUCUGUCGACAUCAACGUCGCUCUAGACAUAAGGCAGACGGGAGCAGUCAUACGAUGAUUUUCUCCCAUUAAAAAAGAAGGCGCGCGUUGCGUUGUCGCCUUAUAAUAUUAAGUCAAGUGAAACCGGCAGACUUCGUUGACAUGUCACCGAUGCAUGUCAAAAUCCUUGGCUUUAUAGUUCAAAUAGUGUAAUACUCUGUAAAAUGUUUAACGUUACAAUAAUUACAAUUAACUGUAUUGUAAAAUACAAUGUGUCUCGAUCCUCCACUUGCAAUACAUUUAGUCAUAGGACUAGCAGUAAAUUAAUAAACUUUAUUGUCAACAACUCAUUUUGUUUUCAUCGUAUAAUUAAUUAUGAUCAAAGGUUAGA